GGAACGUUUGGUCACAUGACCUCUGUAUAAACAUAUGGUAGAUUCAUAGAGAACAAACUACAUACAAAACCAUACUUGAAUAUAGAUGUAUAAAAAGGAAUAUUUUAUUUUAAUUAUCAAAUGAAUAGCAGGUAACCAUGACAACAUUACCCAGAAUAAAUGCCCCUAGGGCGACACCUAUAACUGUGCCCGAUGUUGCCCCACAUUUAACCACAUACAAGAUGAUGACGACGUUCAUGACAGCACCAGACAUUAAAGAGUCAAACUCAUUAAAACCACGUCGUCGUGAAAAAACAUUCAUUAGUCAUCAAUCUCCAAAAUCAACUUAUGAGAGAAUGACAACAUUCACUGAACCCCCAUCAGAACUAUAUGGAGUAUAUCCUCCGAGACUCACACAGUCUGCAGAAUUCUCAAACAUUCCUAAAAAAGUUAACCCCUGUAAACCUGUACCACCAAAAAAAUGGACUAAGAGUUUGGAAACGGGGGAUGGACAUUGGCAUAACCAUCAAAGGACGAGUCUUAUGCAGCAACUGGAAUAUUUUAGAUACCAUAGUAUGUACCAGAAAGCAUUCUAUGGGUCACCUUCAGAAAAGGAAGAUUACAGAAAAAAUACAAGACUAGUACUUAAACAGCAGAUGACAGACCGACAAAAUCGUGUAAAAGAUUUUUUGAAAAAUAAGGUGUCCGAAAGUGAAGGUGCGGUGGAAUAUGAUAACAAAUGUCUAAAAGAAGAUGCAGAUAAUUUUUACAAAAAGUUCGACUAUUUGAAAAAGUUUAGAGAUGAUAACAAAUUGUUGAUGGAGGAAAAGUGGAGGUUCAAUCGUGAAACAACUGAUCUGGAAAAGAAAUAUGAUAACGAACAAUUGAAAUACAAUCCUAUCAAUUGGAGCUGUACACUAAAAUAAAAAUCUUUUAUGGAUAGUGGAAUUUAUGCUGAUGCCUACGAGGGUGGCCUUCAAAAUGCAAGAUUAGUGUAACUAUACGACUGCAUUAGUGAACUAAACUCAUUUAACCCUCACUUGUCGCAAGCAGUCAUGGAACAAUAGACACUCCAACGAGAAGGUGUAUGAUCGAGACAUAAUGAAGUGUUUAAUGGACAAAUGGAUUUCAUUUUGAAACGACCUAUAUUUCAAAGAAUCAUCUCCAAUAAUGUGUCAAUAAUGUGUUUUUUAGUUGAAUUUUCUCCGCCUGAUUUUUCUAGUCAAAUGAUAUGAUGAUGAGGUUAUCAAAUGCAAGUACAGUACAUGUAUAUCGUAUUUGAAAAAAUAGUUUCAUGAUAUAUUUUUUAUAGACAUUCAUAGAAAUUUCUCUUUAAAAUAUUCAAUAAUUAGAUUCUCAAGCAGGCAGAGAAGACUAGAGGUCAAUACCAGAAGCUUUAAUAAAUCCAUGAUUCCUAGAUCAAUUGUAACUAUGGCAACACUGAUGUCAUAGAAAGAAACAAUUGACUAAUGAAAGGUUCUGAUAAUGACCCCCUGACUAGUAAAUUAAUGCACAAAUCAAAAAAUGUUGACACAAGGCCCAGCUUAACUUUUCUGGGUGAAAUGUCAAAGUAAAUGAGACUUGACAACUUGUGAUAAAUGAAUGUUACCUGAUCCACUAUUCAUACAAUUGUUUGCCAAAAUACAUUUGUUCAAGUAAAACACUGAUUAAGCGCACAAACCACUGAAUACAAUGAACAGUAUUAUUGAAGUAUUAUUGUAAAAAUGUAGAAUUCAGCCAUUUUUAACAUCUUGAAAUAACAACGCAUAGUUCAGUUCAUGAGGUAUCCAAGAUUCCAUUCAUAAUUGAUUGUGUUGGACUUAAGAACUGUCAAUACAUGUAUUGCAAAGAAUUAUUGUUGAGACCUCUUUUACAUGUUUUUUUUCAAAAUUGUGGUAUAUGAAAUUUGAUUUUUAUACCAGUAUGUAUUGUACCACUGCUUUAUUUAUAAUAUAAGUGAAUUUAUCAUAAUAAAAU